CAAUUGAUUAUAUUGAUUUACAUUGUAAUUACUUUUUUGCGUAAUUACUUUCCUUAUAAGAUUAAACUUUGAAAAUUAAUAAAUAUGAAUUGUGUGGCCAAUAUGAUUUUUUUCAUCAUGCUAAUACCGGAUAAUUAGAUACUAUUUUUUAACCAAAAGGAAAACGAUGAUUUGAUUUAUUUAAAGCUAUGUCGUUUAUGAACAAACAAGUUGGAUCUUUUUUCACCGGUCAGCAACAACGUGGUGCGUUCAGAAAAGCAACGAGGCCGGUGACCCCUGAACUUAUCGAGGAAGAUGACCCACCAAAGAAGACCAAGGAGCAGGCCUCCUGUGUUGCUAACAUGGCCGUCCUAGCCACAUUCUUCCUUCCAAUAUUUCUGGUGGCCGCGGGUGUGUCGUUCGGGACAACCUACUGGUUCAACAUCUCCCCCUACCACGUGGGGCUGUUUGUCCGCUACAACAACUGGACCACUGUCAGUGACUCUGUGUCCCACUUCUACUCCAACUCAUCCAUAACCACCUACGAUGAAAUGGAGAAGACCUGGAAAAUCGGAGUCCCUUUAUUGCUGACGGGCGGAUCCUUGUUCGUGGUCGGAUUCUUAUUCCUUAUCUUCUACCCUUGUCAUAGAACCAUCGGCUUUUCCAAGAUCGCCCUGGCCUUUAUCAUAGCCAUCAUACUGAUGAUAGCUCUGAUCGUGUACGCGGCUGGACUGGUUCAGUUCAUCCUGUAUGCGGUGAAUGGACACAAUGGCAACACUAUCCAGUGGUCAUUCUACAUGUGCUGCGUGGGAGCGGGGUGCGGUCUAGUGGCAACCGUGUUUUUCUGGGUGCAUGUCAUUUAUCAAUACUGUUGUGACUAUUAUGAAUAAUGACUUUCUGUGUACCAGAUCAAUUAACUUAUUCACGUGACUAUCUGUUUAUUCGCUAUAUAAUACAAUAAUUCAAUUAGUUUACACCGUACAUCUACAUAAUAUAUAUAUAUAAUACAGCCUUUUCACGUGACUUUGUUUGUACCAGAUCAAGCUAAUUUAUACCGUAAAUCCGCUAAAUAAUACAGCUUUUUUACGUGACUUUGUGUGUACCACAAACAAAUAAUUUAUACCGUACAUCAGCUUUAUAAUAUUGCUGUUUCACGUGAAUUUCUGUGUUCCUUGUGUAACUUGUUUAUACCGUUUAUCCGUUGUAUAAUACCACUGUUUUAUUUGACGAUGGGUGACCAGAUCUAACUACAGUAAUUUAUACCGUUUAUCCGUUGUAUAAUACAGCUGUUUCACGUGACUAUCUGUGUCAGAUGUAACUUAUUUAUACCGUUUAUCGGUUGUAAAACACACCUGUUUCACGCGACUAUCUGUGUCAGAUGUAACUUAUUUAUACCGUUUAUCGGUUGUAAAACACAGCUGUUUCACGUGUCUUCCUUUGUCAGUUAUUUCUUACAUAUACCGUUUAACCGUUGUGUAAUACAGCUGUUUCACGUGAAUUUCUGUGUCAGAUGUAACUAAGUUAUACCGUUUAUCCGUUGUAUAAUAUAGCUGUUUCACGUGAAUUUCUGUGUCAGAUGUAACUAAUUUAUACCGUUUAACCGUUGUAUAAUACAGCUGUUUCACGUGACUAUCUGUGUCAGAUGUAACUAGUUUAUACCGUUUAUCCGUUGUAUAAUACAGCUGUUUCACGUGACUAUCUGUGUCAGAUGUAAUAAUUUAUACCGUUUAUCGGUUGUAAAACACAGCUGUUUCACGUGUCUUUCUUUGUCAGGUAUUUCUUACAUAAACCGUUUAACCGUUGUGUAAUACAACUGUUUCACAUGACUUUCUGUGUCAGAUCUAACUAAUUUAUACCGUUUAACCGUUGUAUUAUACAACUGUUUCACGUGACUUUCUGUGUCACAUGUAACUAAUUUAUACCGUUUAUCCGUUGUAUAAUACAACCGUUUCACGUGACUUUCUGUGUCAGAUGUAACUAAUUUAUACCGUUUAUCCAUUGUACAAUACAACCGUUUCACGUGAAUUUCUGUGUCACAUGUAAUUAAUUUAUACCGUUUAUCCGUUGUAUAAUACAGCUGUUUCACAUGACUUUCUGUGUCAGAUGUAACUAAUUUAUACCGUUUAACCGUUGUAUAAUACAGCUGUUUCACGUGACUUUCUGUGUCACGUGUAACUAAUUUAUACCGUUUAUCCGUUGUAUAAUACAACUGUUUCACGUGACUUUCUGUGUCAGAUGUAACUAAUUUAUACCGUUUAUCCGUUGUAUAAUACAGCUGUUUCACGUGACUUUCUGUGUCACAUGUAACUAAUUUAUACCGUUUAUCCGUUGUAUAAUACAGCUGUUUCACGUGACUUUCUGUGUCACAUGUAACUAAUUUAUGCUGUUUAACCGUUGUAUAAUACAGCUGUUUCACAUGACUUUCUGUGUCAGAUGUAACUAACGUAUACCGUUUAACCGUUGUAUAAUACAGCUGUUUCACGUGACUUUCUGUGUCAGAUUUAACUAAUUUAUACCGUUUAUCCGUUGUAUAAUACAGCUGUUUUAUGUGACGUUGCGUGACCAGAUCUAACUACAGUAAUUCAGACCGUUUAUCCGUUGUAUAAUACAGCCGUCUCAUGUAAAGCACCAUGUCUUACAAUGUACGAAAAGCAGCAGCCUUAUGCUAAUUCCUGAUAUUUUAAACGAUCAAAAGGUAACUAAGACUACCUCAGAUUAGUCCUUAUCUAUUUUUAUUGUUGUUGUUUGUGCGUAUUUUGCAUGUAGUUACUCUUUAAUGAAAGCUUGUCAAGUUGAUUAAAUUGAGAUUCAAGUGAAAAUUCAGAAUUGGCAAUGUUAUCCGGAAUGACUAUCGAUAUACAUUCCGAGAUCAUUUGGCGGAGGUUGUAUAAUUUAUCCAUUGGAUAAUGUUACCAUAGGACUGCCGUAUUACUAUGCAAAAUAUAAUUAUUUUACUGGUCAAC